AUGGAGGAAUGUAUGGGUGCUUGUGACUGCAUCAUCACAAAGGCUGGUCCAGGAACUAUAGCUGAAGCUAUGAUAAGAGGGCUACCGAUAAUCUUAAACGAUUACAUUGCUGGUCAAGAGGCAGGGAAUGUGCCGUAUGUUGUGGAGAACGGGUGCGGGAAGUUUUCGAAAUCACCAAAAGAGAUAUCGAAGAUUGUAGCGGAUUGGUUUGGACCUGAGUCUAAAGAGUUGGAGAUAAUGUUGCGGAAUGCGUUGAGGCUAGCUAGACCAGACGCUGUGUUCAAGAUCGUGCAUGAUCUCCACGAGCUUGUCCGGCAGAGAAACGGUCUUCUUUCUCAGCUCUCUUGCACUGCUUAA